UUGCCCCUCCCUUCAGACACGCGAGAGACAGUUUGCAAGACUGUCUUGUUCCUGUGUCGUUUCUGUAUGUCCGCAGAGUGAGCGCUACUCGCAGGCUGCUUGGAGUCCACCGUGUGGGCAUUGAGUAAUGGAGGCGUAAUCUCAGCGUUACCAGCGUUUUCAGAGUUACCAAGCCCAUUGGGAUACAGUUGGAGUGUUGUUGUGUGUUGGUAUUUUUAUUUGUUUUUGAUUUAUGUACAUUCCAUCUUUUCGUACCGGAGAGAAGACGUGUACUUCACCAUUGCGUUUGCUGGAUUUCCGGAGAGAUGUGGAGUCUUACAAACAUCAUUGCCUGCUUUAUCCUGCUGUCUAAACCCGCCAAUGCACAAAACAAGGUGUUCGGGGAGGCGGAGCCGGUGCGGAUGACGUCGGAGGGCUCGGACUGCCGGUGCAAGUGCAUCAUGCGGCCGCUGACGCGGGACGCCUGCGCGCGUCUGCGCAGCGGCAGCGUGCGCGUGGAGGACUUCUACACCGUGGAGACGGUCAGCGCCGGCUCCGACUGCAAGUGCUCCUGCACCGCGCCGCCCUCCUCCCUCAACCCCUGCGAGAACGAGUGGAAGAUGGAGAAGCUGCGCAAACAGGCGCCCGAGCUGAUGAAGCUCCAGACGAUGAUCGACCUGCUGGAGGGAACUCUGUACAGCAUGGACAUGAUGAAGGUGCACUCCUACAUCAGCAAGGUGGCCUCUCAGAUAAACACCCUGGAGGAGUCCAUUAAGGUUAACCUAACCAGGGAGAACGACUUUGUGAGGGACAGCGUCACCAGCCUGACCGAUCAGCUGAAGAGAUAUGAGAACUACUCUGACAUCAUGGUCAGCAUAAAGAAGGAGCUCUCCAACCUCGGCCUGCAGCUCUUACAGAAGGAUGGCUCGCCAUUGGAUAACAAACUCCAGGAAACAGCCACAGAGGGAAAGACGAAGGACGCUGCCAAGUUUCCCGCCAAAAUCGCUUCGGGAUCCAAGCCGCCCAAGGAGAGGCCGGCCAGGUCCAGGAAGGAGGGCGGCAAGGCCGGGAAAUCCGCCAAGGGGCCGGGGCAUCAGCCCGCGGUCGUCAGGGGAAUCACGUACUACAAGGCCGAGGAGGCGGAGCAAGGCGGGAACAGCAGAGAGAAUCCCACUAAACCCAACGCCAUCGACGCCAACACCUACAAGGACAAGCCUCCUGGGGACACACCCCUGGGGUCUGACCCCAGCCUGGAGGCUACCGCAACCGCCCCCACGACCACGACCACGACCACCACAACCACAACCACGCCCACCACCACAACUACCACUACCUCAACAACCACUACUGCCAGCAAGACAUUAGCCCCAACCAUUAUGCUAGUGCUGGACAACUCUGACAACAGCAGCCAGUCCCUCUCCAACCGAGCAGAGAAAGACCCGGACUGCGAGGGAACGAUAGCCUCGGUGGACAAGCCGAAGAAGCAGCACAGCUACGGGCGCAACGAGGGCGCCUGGAUGAAGGACCCCAUCGGCAGUGACUCCAAGAUCUACGUCACCAACUAUUACUAUGGCAACAACCUGGUGGAGUUCCGGAACCUGUACAAUUUCAAACAGGGUCGAUGGAGUAACCUGUACAAGCUCCCGUAUAACUGGAUCGGCACGGGUCACGUGGUCUACGGCGGCGCCUUCUACUACAACCGGGCCUUCACCAGGAACAUCAUCAAGUACGACCUGAGGCAGCGCUACGUGGCGGCCUGGGCGCAGCUGCACGACGUGGUCUACGAGGACGCCGCGCCCUGGAAGUGGAGGGGCCACUCCGACGUGGACUUCGCCGUGGACGAGAGCGGCCUCUGGGUGGUCUACCCCUCGCUGGACUACGACUACGGCCAGGGCGAGGCCGUCGUGGUGAGCCGGCUGGACCCCGGCGACCUGUCGCUAAGGAAGGAGACCACCUGGCGCACCGGCCUGCGCCGCAACGCCUACGGCAACUGCUUCAUCGUGUGCGGCGUGCUGUACGCCGUGGACGCGCACGACCGGCGGGAGGCCGAGGUCUCCUACGCCUACGACACGCACACGGGCGCCGAGGCCACGCCCCUCCUGCCCUUCCUCAACGAAUACUCCUUCAGCACCCAGAUCGACUACAACCCCAAAGAGAAGGUGCUGUACGCCUGGGACAACGGCCACCAGCUCACCUACGGCAUCCAGUUCGUGGGUCACCAUUAACGCCACUGUGAAACAGACCACCGGCUAAACUGGUUAAAGCUCCAGUCGACAGCUCCAUCCAUCUGCAUUCUCUCUCCACGAGCACAUUCGUAAAGAAUUUUUAAAAAAGGAAAAUCAGUUGUUAGCUGACAUAAUUUUGCAAAAAAAGAAAAAAAAAAAAAAACAUUUUUGUCAUUGAUGUUUUUCUUGUGUUUUUGUUCCUUUGAAGAUGGGUAGAGUGUGAGCUGCUGUGGUCCGGUAGUUAAAGUCCCUUUCCUCUAAUGGAAACGACAUCGCUUUCUAAAAUCGUCACACACAGAAAAAUCAUAUGCUUUUGUUCUCGUUUACUCUGAACAAAAGGACUAUGUGGACAUUUCCACACACAAACCUGUCUGUGAUGGGGGAUAUUCAAAUCGAACGGUGUUCAAAUUACAGUUAAACAAAGUUCCAGGAGCACAUAUACAUAUAUUUUUAUCUGUUGGUUCUUAUUUUUUAAAAUAACAUUUUAAAUAUAUUUUACAUUUGUAAUAGUUUACUACUCUUUGGGACUAACGAGUAGUAAACUAUACUACCUUUUCAGAAAUAAUAAAUAUGAAAACAUUUUAUUUCUUCAGCACAGUAAGAAAUACUACCAAUUUUUAUUUUCAGAUUUUCUUGCAAUGUAAUUAUGUAAAUGAAAGUUCUCUUGUAAAUAGUUUAACAUGUUCCUUGUGGGUUUGAAAAUAAAGUAAACAGCACCUAGGUAAUUAUUCGCUGGCUAUCAAAUGAUGAGGGGUGAACUCUAGUCUCCUAGAGCCACAGCAUCUGCUGGUUUCUGCUCUUAAGACUCGGCUGCUUGGCUUAAGACUCCACACAUCAUGUUUCCAAAGCCUAAAAUGGCUGAUGACUGAAAGGAAACCCCAACAGAACCCAACAGAAGUUUGAAAUGCUUCAUUUUUUUUCAGAAAGCAACUGGCAAGAGCAUUACUUUUUAUUUAAGCAGUGCCUGAUCACUCGAUGUAAUUGGAAAUCUGUGUUCCAUUAAAUCCUGGAAAAAAAACUUGCAAAAGCAACCUCAGCCAGCGAACACGGUGUCCGUGUUGUUAAUCGGCAGGACGGUGGGAGGCCAGCGGGGAGAUCGGGGGAGGCAGUGGAGCUGCGGAUCAGCUGCUAAAAGAACGCGCUGUAGGCGGUGAACGACCCUGCCGCUGGCGGACCGACGGCUCCCGCCGCUGUCAGGUGUUUACGCUCUCCGUUCUCCCGCACAAACAGCCUUUACAAACGGAAGCGCGGAUUUCAUACUUACGCCGUGUAACCUGAAAAGUCUGGGGUUUUUUUUUAGUUUUUUGUAGAGGGUAGGAGGGCGUUUCCAUCAAGUUGUGCGCAAAGAGCAAAAUAAAAGCGUGAAAGA